AUGGCUUCCUCGAUGAUCACCACCUCCGCUUGGGUGCCGCGCGGUUUUGCGGCGCCUUUCCCGUCCAGAUACACUUUCGACGAAUCCGAGUUCGAGCGGAUAGCUGGCCUGGCCAAGCUACAGCUGGACGACGCGAAUGAAGACUUGGAGGAAGCCGAAGCCGAAGCUGAGGCAGACGAAGCACAGAGCGCUGCGGUCGAUGGCGCGCAAAAUGGCGUUGCUCCAAAGCGCAAGGAAAAGGAAGAUGGGGACGACAUUGAUGUGAACGAUGAUGAUCUCAAGGAGUACGACUUGGAACACUAUGACGACGAUGGCGACGAGGAGGUACAAGGCCAAAGAUUUGAGGGUUUUGGAAAUAUCAAGUCCCUUACCUACUACGAAUCCAAUAAAGACGAUCCUUACAUUACGAUACCCGACGAAGAGGACGAGGACAAUGAGGACCGGGAAGAACUUCAAAUCUUGGCGACCGACAAUCUCCUACUAGCCGCAAAGGUGGAGGACGAGCUCUCCCAUCUUGAAGUCUACGUCUACGAGGACGAGGCAGACAAUCUCUACGUACAUCACGACAUUAUGCUUCCUGGGAUACCUCUUUGCGUGGAGUGGUUGGAUCUGCCAGUGUCAAAAGCGGGCGUGGACAAGGACUCGACAGCCAACUUCGUCGCGAUAGGCACGAUGGAGCCCGACAUCGAGGUAUGGGACCUGGAUACUGUGGAUUGCAUGUAUCCAAAUGCGAUCCUGGGACAGGGCGGUAAUCCACAGGACGAGGAAAAGAAGAAAAAGAAGAAGAAGAAGAAGUCCAAGAAAGCGAACGAUGAGUAUCACGUUGAUGCCGUUCUGUCCCUCGCUGCCAACCGGAAACAUCGAAACCUCCUGGCCUCUGCGUCCGCCGACAAGACUGUCAAGCUGUGGGACCUGCAUACGACCAAAUGCGCCAAGUCAUACUCCUACCAUACGGACAAGGUCUGCUCGUUAGCGUGGCAUGCGGUCGAAUCGACGGUACUGCUGAGUGGAAGCUACGAUCGAACGGUUGUUGCGGCUGAUAUGCGAGCGCCCGAAGUCAAGGCUCCGAGAUGGGGUGUGGAGAGCGACGUCGAGAAUGUCAGAUGGGAUCCGCACGACCCAAACUUCUUCUUUGUUUCGACAGAGAAUGGGAUAAUACACUACAACGAUAUUCGCAACGCCCCUUCGCACCCGACUAAAACCAAGGCAGUAUGGACAUUGCAGGCGCACGAUGAGUCCGUGUCGUCUUUUGAUAUCAACGCCCACAUUCCUGGAUACAUGGCUACCGGUUCGAGCGACAAGACCGUCAAGCUUUGGAAUAUAACGCCUACAGGACCUGCCAUGGUAGUGUCGCGGAACUUGGAUGUCGGGAAGGUUUUCUCAGCGACGUUUGGCCCGGAUGCCGAAGUCGCCUUCCGCCUUGCGGUGGCUGGCAGCAAAGGCACAAUGCAAGUGUGGGAUACGAGCACAAAUGGUGCGGUUCGGCAGGCGUUUGCGCACAAAAUGGCAAACCAACCCAGUGACAAGGUUGAGGAGCGACUCAUCCGCGUUCAGGACAUCGAGUCUUCCUCAGAUGAAGAUGAAGGCCAGGAGGAAGAGGGUGGCGACUCGAUGGAUGAGGAUUAA